AUGGCGUUCACGAUGCACUCUCACUCGGGGCAAUUCUGCCCCGGCCACGCAAAGGACCAGCUCGAGGCCAUCAUCCAGCAUGCCAUCAGCAUCGGGUACAAGACCAUGGGUCUGACGGAACACAUGCCCCGUCUAGAGAUCGGGGACCUCUACCCUGAAGAGCUCGAAGAAGGAGACCCCCAAACAGCCCUCUCCAUCCUCGCCCCCCGCCACGAAGCCUACCUCGCCGAGGCCCAGCGCCUGCGCGAAAAGUACGCCCCGCAGAUCGACCUCCUCAUCGGCUUCGAGGGGGAGUGGUACCGCCCGGCCUACGGGCCGUUCAUCAAGUCCCUCGCGUCCCACCCGGCGGUGGACUACUUCAUCGGGUCGCUGCACCACGUCAACGCCAUCCCCAUCGACUACAGCCGGGACAUGUACGUCGAGGCCAUGAAGUCGGCCGGCCCCGACGAGGAGAGCAUGUACGCGCGGUACUACGACCAGCAGCACGAGAUGCUGACGGCGCUGGAGCCGCGCGUGGUGGGCCACUUUGACCUCGUGAGGCUCAUGAGCGAGGACCCGGGGAGGGACGUGAGGCAGUGGAAGGGGGUGUGGGAGAAGAUUGUGAGGAAUCUGGAGGUCACUCAACAGGAGGAGACAGGCUCUGCGCUUUCGGGACCUGACUUAGGUUGUCAUCCGAAGCUACCAAGCUAG